AUGGCCUCUCGCAGCGCGGGCACCCUCCUGACAGAGUUCAAUGCCGCCUACGUGCCCCCCGGCCUCAUGCCCGGGUACAAAGGCCACGUUCCCGGUGUGGCCUUCUCCUUCGGCUCCCCCUACGGCACCACCACCCUCAAGUACUUCCAGGACCAGCGCAACGCAGCCCUGGGGAGGAGCUCCACUGACUUCAGCAAAGGCGGCCACUUCCCAACCAUCUUCUCCCCAAACCCCACCCAAGUGCUGAGGGACCGCGCCCUCACCCGGGACCGCUGGCUGCACACCCCCAGCUACACCCGCUUCAACCUGGACAGCAGCCGCUGGGCCGAGCUCUCCUACUUCUACCAGAUGGCGCAGCAGCAUCGGGAGCAGUAUCAAGACAAGACAGGCUUGGUGCACCGGGUCCCCUACUUCGUGCUGCCUAUGAGGGAGUGGGACCGGUACCCCAUCCCCACCGACCUGCCUCCUCUGAGCCCAAAGGAGAAGUGGCAUCUAUUAAGAGUGGCCCCUGAGAACCUGAGGACCUACCAGACAUUCCCAUCGGGGAAGAGGGUCUCCCCACAGGAGCGGCAGAGGCGGGACUGCUACUUUGAAUUCAGAGCGUGA